CACAUCACUAGUUGCCUAACUAGAAACGCCACACACACACACACUGUGACAACACUUCCGUUGCUUCAACCGUUGGUUUUCUUAUUUCAACGCACGGUUAGUCACACGUUCAGAUAUUCACUGUGCCAAAAAUAAAAUAAUGGCCACAUCUCUCACGGUCCGGCCCAACCGCACCAUCAUCGGCAGUGACCCGGCCGGUUCAGUCCGGCCUACACCAAUCCGCCCCCGUCCAACCUCCGCUCAUUUGCCGAAAAUUCCGAACUCCGAUUCUUCCCGGCGGAGGAGGUUGGCGUUUGCUUCUCACCGCCGGAAAUUGGACACCGCCGUUCAAGCAGGUUCUAGAGCUGACGAUUCAGCUCCUUUCGAGAUGUCGGUAGAGAAUGCGUUGAAGCUUCUAGGUGUAUCUGAGGGUGCGAGCUUCGAUGAUAUUCUUCGUGCUAAAAAAUCAAUUAUCUCUUCUUGUAAAGAUGAUGCGGAUACAAUUGCGCAGGUUGAGGCUGCAUAUGAUAUGCUUCUCAUGCAGAGCUUAUCACAGAGGAGAGCUGGAAAAGUUGUGGAUAGUAGUGUACGCUUUGCUGAUGUUAAAUCUGCUAAUGCUUCCGGGAUUGGAUCAAUGCCAAAGUGGCUGCAGACGACUGUCAAGAACGCCCCGGUUUCAGUUGAAGCACCAGCUGCUCGAGAACUAGGUGUCCAAGCAGGGGUAUAUGGAGCUUUAAUGGUCUUAACAUAUGUUAAUGGAGCCUCAACACCUUUAGGAGUAUCGUAUGGAGCUGAUGUUCCUGGACUAAUCUUAGCCACGAGCUUUGGGGCCACCUUGUACUUCAUGACCAAGAAAAAUGUCAAGUUGGGGAAAGCAAGCGUGAUAACAAUUGGUGGGCUGGUUGCUGGUGCAGUGGUAGGUUCAGCAGUAGAAAAUUGGUUGCAAGUAGACAUUGUCCCAUUUCUGGGUAUACACACUCCUGCUACGGUUGUGAGUGAAUUUAUACUUUUCUCGCAAUUUAUGGUCUCGUUGUAUCUGAGAUGAGGUAACAGAAAGGCUUGUAUGAAACUGCUACUGCAAGGUCUAUGGCUAUUUGUUGCCUACUCAGGCUCUUAUCUAGGACCAGUAAUUUAUCAAAUGUACAAAAAGAAUGUUCUUAAAACUCUGGAAGUUCUAUUAUUUGUUUUAUAAAAGCUAGUAUAGAUUCUCAGCUCGCUUCUUUUA